AUGAGACUAAAGAAUUGUUUAUAUUCAAGCGGUUAUGAUGUCAAUAAUAUAUUUAAUUCAUUAUUUGUUGUUUCAAUAUUUGGCUUUUUAGUUGGAUUUGGACUUGGUAGAUUUUAUGAAAAAAGGAAAAACAAGUUUUUAAGCAAGAAAAUAAAAAAUGAUCAAAGUUCUGAUGGAUCGAAGAGUGAUAGCAUCAAUCCAUAUGAUUAUAAUGGAUUUAAAUUGGGUAAAAUUGCCGCUCAGUGUUCACACGCAACUUUGGCAUGUUAUAAAAAAUUACAAAAAACAAAUCCUGAUUUAUUGAUGGCUUGGGAAGAUUCUGGUCAACCAAAAAUAGCUUUAAAAAUAAAUGAUGAACAAGAAAUGAUAUCAUUGCAAGAAAAGGCAAAAGAUUUAAAUUUAUGUGCAAAAAUUAUACAAGAUGCUGGCCGUACACAAGUGGAUCCUGGCUCUAAAACUGUAAUUGGAAUCGGUCCUGAAAAAAUGCCAAAGGGUAGUAAAUCUCGAAGCGUUGAACAGCAACAGAGUGAAGAUGAUUUUUCUAUAAAACCUUUAAAACAUACUCCCUCACUUGACACUUCAGAAUGGCCGUUAUUAUUAAAAAACUAUGAUAAACUUCAUGUGAGAACGGGACAUUACACACCUUUUACUCAAGGUUGUUCGCCUCUUAAGCGUGAAAUUAACGAAUAUAUAAGAUAUGGUAUAAUUAAUCUUGAUAAGCCUGCUAAUCCAUCUUCUCACGAAGUUGUUGCAUGGGUUCGCCGCAUACUUGAAGUUGAAAAAACUGGUCACAGUGGUACAUUGGAUCCAAAAGUUACUGGCUGUUUGAUUGUUUGUAUUGAUCGAGCCACACGCUUAGUUAAAUCUCAACAAAGUGCAGAAUCAUACAAGAAAUUUUCACAAGCGUUAGAAACUCUCACCGGAGCUCUAUUCCAACGCCCCCCACUUAUAUCUGCUGUAAAGCGUCAACUUCGUAUUCGUACAGUUCACGAGACUAAGCUAAUAGAAUUUGAUAACAAUAGACAUUUGGGUGUUUUUUGGGUUAGUUGUGAGGCUGGAACAUAUAUUCGUACUUUAUGUGUACAUAUGGGAUUAUUACUUGGAGUUGGUGCUCAUAUGCAAGAAUUAAGGCGUGUUCGAUCUGUUAUAAGACCUCUUGAAUCUUUACUUACAACUUAUAAACGUAUAAUAGUUAAAGAUAGUACAGUGAAUGCUAUAUGUUAUGGAGCUAAAUUAAUGGUUCCAGGUUUACUUCGUUACGAAGAGGGUAUUGAACUUAAUGAAGAAGUGGUUAUAAUGACUACAAAAGGUGAAGCUAUUGCAUUGGGUAUUGCAUUAAUGACAACAGCUGUGAUGGGGACUGUGGAUCACGGCGUUGUUGCCAAAAUUAAAAGAGUAAUCAUGGAACGUGACACAUACCCAAGAGCUUGGGGACUAGGAAAUAAAGCCAAGGAAAAGAAAAGAUUGAUUUCUGAAGGAAAAUUGGAUAAAUUUGGUCGUGUUAAUGAGAAAACGCCAACAGACUGGAGUAAAUCAUUUGUUGAUUUAAGUGAUGUUGGUACCAGGAAUGACCCUGAUUCAAAGUUACAAACUCAAUUAAUAUCCACGGUACCAAUAGCAUCCACAUCCAAGUCAGCAUCUACUCUUAUAGAAGAAAUUAAAACAAAAAAUAAAACUGAUGACGAUGAAUUAGUAGAAACUGAACUUAAGAAAAGAAAAAUAGACGACGCUUCUUCAGAUGAUGAAAAAGACGAGGAACCCAAGAAGAAAUCACAUAAAAAAGAUAAAAAGAAAAAGAAAGCAAAGGAAUAG